AUGAGAACUAUCCCCGAAGAUGAGAAAGUUUUCUUAGGAGGAGACUUUAACGGACAUCUAGGCAGAGAUGUGAGCAACUAUAACUCGGUUCAUGGAGGGUUUGGUUUGGGGGCAAGGAAUGAGAGUGGGGAGAAUUUGCUAGAGUUUGCACUAGGAAAAGAAUUGGUUAUAGCAAAUUCGAUCUUUAGAAAGAAAGAUGAGCAUUUGAUCACAUAUAAGAGCGGCAGACAUGCAACCAAAGUUGACUAUUUCUUAGUGCGCAAGGGAGAUCGAGCCUCAUUCUUCGAUUGUAAGGUGGUGUUGGGUACAGAGAUGCCCACCCAACACAGGCUUUUAGUACUAGUUUUCAGGAUAAGGAAGAAAAUUGUAGAGAAGAAGGUCGAGUCUAGAGGAAAGAUCAUGUGGGGGAGACUUAAAGAGGAUAUGGUCGCAACCCUAUCCAGCAAGAUAAGUUAA